AUGUCCGAAAUCCAAGCCCGAGAUCCAUUUGAUUCCAUAACAAAGGGAUGUUUCGUAAUUCUGCCGGGAGAACCUCGACUUAUUGACGGCACAGAAUCCGUAGAGACACUUAAAUUGAGAGUCAAAGAAUAUGAAAGAACAUGGUCUGAAAUGAAGAAUAGGAUCGAUAGUCUUCUGGCAAACAUCAACAAGUUUUCGAUAGAAAGCAUUGUUAAUUUCGUGACCAAUGCAUACAAUGAUACCUCCAACUUUCAAAAUUUGAACCUACCAUACUGUGAACUACCGACAGCAUUAGUAUUUGCAGGGAUUAACAUUCCCGAUCACGAUGUAUUGUUCAAACAAGUUGCUCGUACAUUACAACAAAACGGUCAUGCUGUAGCCACUCUGAGAUCGGCAGACUGUUCCAAUUUAAAGAAUACCAUUGGUCAUAUGAUUGAACAAUUAAUGAACACGCAGAAGGAUUACGAGAAGGACGAAGAUGAAGACGAGGGGAUAGAUGAAAGAAUCGUCUUUUCUAAAAGAGCAAAGGGUGGAUCUCGAUUGCCCAAAUAUGACAUGCAAUUGCUCGCAGGAUGGUACGAACAUAUGUACCAGACGGCCAGAUGCAAUGAUAAUGGUUCGAGACUUGUCGUUAUAAUACAAGAUUUUGAAUGUUUUGACCCAAAACUAUUGGAGGAUUUGGUGCUUAUAUGCAGUGAAUAUAGAGAACGACUUCCAAUGGUUUUUUUAAUAGGCAUUGCAACAACAAUAGAAAUAUUACACGAUACGCUUCCAAAAUCGACCUUGAGUUUAUUAAGAAUGGAGAAAUUUUCUCUACUGCAGCCUGAUCAAUGUUUUAAUGCACUUGUGAAUGAGGUAAUCAUAGAAGAAUCAAAAGGGAUAAAGCUUGGCCUAGCACCAUUCAAAUACCUGACGGAUACAUAUUUGCUGCUGAAUUAUUCGAUUUCUUCUUACGUGUCAAAAUUGCAGUAUGCGGUCAUGCAUCAUUACUACGCGAACCCCUUGAGUUUCCUAAGUAACAUUAAUCGAGAAGAAGCUCAAGCUAGAUUGUAUCUACUGACAGAUGAGCAUUUGGAAAUUAUCCGAAUGCAGACCUCUUUUAGAAAGUUCGUUGAAGCAUGUUUGCCAAAUUAUCAAGAAGUCGUGAAAUUAUUAAAAGACAACAAUUAUCUCAGAUCGUUAAUUCCCGGAUUUAUCGAGGAGAUGCAACUAUAUCAGAAGAAGUUUUCCGUGGCAUUUAAUUUUAUUUAUAUAAUACAAAAAUCAUUGAAUGAGCCGUCAAUGAGGAAACAGAAAUAUUAUCUAUAUUUUAUGGCAUUGCAGGAAACAAAUGGACUAUGUGAAUCCGAUUAUGUUAAAUCCGUUGUUUUGCACUUGAGGAAACUUGACUGCAUGAAAUUAAGGGAGAUUGUCAUUGCGUGCAAGGAAUAUUUGAGCCAACGAAUUGAUGACAUAAUUGAACUGACGGAAGCAAUGUCUCUACUAGAAAACUUUGCUGAGAAGCUCAGUUCUAAUGAUGAUAGUGAGUGUGAAUUAGAACGUGAGCAGGCCAUGCUAUCUAUCGGCGAGCGUCUUGUCAGGUCGCGAGCCAAAGCGGCGAGAAACAAAACGAAUUCCACCAAUGACACAAAAUUAAGCAAAGAUGUCGUAGGAUUUUUUGAGGCGCUUUUUAGGGAUAAUCUUAGACAUUAUUCAUCAAUCACAUUGCACGAACUUAUAUAUUAUGAUACAGUUCAUUUGCUCAAGAAAGCGUUCAAUGCACAACCGCGAGAGGCAUUGCAAACAGCACUUGGUCAGCCAAAUCACUACAUUCGCUGUGAUUGCUGUCUUGAAGAUCAAAGUGCCGUUGAUGAAAUACUGUCAACACAAAAUGAUACGUGUAUAUUGUAUAAACUAUACCUGGAAUUUGGAAGGUUAAUUAAUUUGUAUGAUUGGUUUGUUGCAUUUAAGCACGUGCUGGAUAAAGCAGGACCCAUUGAAAUGAACGAAGCGCAGUAUCCUUUGCGUAACAGAUAUAGCUGA